AUGCAACGAAUAAUUAGUAAAGAGUAAAAAGAGGGAAGCGCCCAAAAAAUCGUCCGAGCGAGAGAGAGAGGAGACUGGGAGGAGGGGAAGUCCCUCUGCUCGAUGGCUCCGCCGAAGAAAUCGAAGAAAACCAAACGGAAAGCAAAAUUCGGCGACAAAAGCAGCACGGACCCCAAACCGGCAGAACCCAAGGCGUUGGAAAUCGAUUGGUGGUACAGCUUCUGGCAGAAGAAUUGCAAUUCUGGGCCAGCUGUUCCAACUGAUGAAGAUGAGGCAUUCAAAUAUUUUUUCAGGGUGUCAAAGAAGACCUUCGAGUACAUCUGUUCGCUAGUGAGGCAGGAUCUAGUGUCAAGGCCUCCUUCAGGUCUCAUAAACAUUGAAGGCAGGCUUCUCAGUGUUGAGAAGCAAGUUGCCAUUGCCCUGAGAAGGUUAGCAUCUGGCGAGUCCCAAGUAUCAGUUGGGGCUGCAUUUGGUGUUGGGCAAUCAACAGUUUCUCAGGUGACCUGGAGAUUUAUUGAGUCAAUGGAAGAGCGAGCACGACACCAUAUCAAAUGGCCUGACCCAGACAGAAUGGAGCAAAUCAAAAACCAGUUUGAGACAACCUAUGGUCUACCUAAUUGCUGUGGAGCAAUUGAUGCAACGCAUAUCAUCAUGACGCUGCCAGCAGUGGAGUCAUCAGAUGAUUGGUGUGACCAUGAGAGAAACUAUAGCAUGUUCUUACAAGGUAUAGUAGACCAUGAAAUGAGGUUCAUUGACAUAGUGACUGGUUGGCCUGGAGGCAUGACUGUUUCCCGCCUACUGAAGUGUUCGGGCUUUUUCAAACACUGCGAGAGUGGGAAGCGUUUGAAUGGGCCAGUUAGAAUGUCUGCAGAAAAAACAGAGAUCAGAGAAUUCAUAGUGGGAGAUGCAGCCUAUCCUCUUCUUUCGUGGCUCAUGACUCCAUACGAUGGUAAAGGCAUAUCAGCUUCAAUGGCUGCCUUCAAUGCGAAACACAAUGAAGUAAGGUUGCUAGCAGGGAGGGCCUUGUCACAACUAAAGGGUGUCUGGAGGAUCCUACACAAAGUCAUGUGGAGACCAGAUAAGCACAAGCUGCCAAGCAUCAUCCUCGUCUGCUGUCUACUUCACAACAUAAUUAUUGAUAACGGGGAUGAACUGCAUGCCAAUGUUGCCCUAUCGGAUCACCAUGAUGCUGGUUACAAAGAACAAAGCUGUCAGCAAGUGGAUCCUGACGGCAAGGCUAUGAGAGAGACCCUGGCCGGACAUCUGCACUGUUAUGAGGCAUCUCAUUUGAGUUGAGAAAAAUUGAAUGGUGAUGUAGUGGAUUGAAUGCCUGCUUACAGAUGUAUUUUUGUUGCAUCUGACAGCUUAAGCACCUGGAAAAUGGAACUUGGUGGCCGUUGAAGUAUUUAUCUAUUUCCUUGAUGCUUAAUGUUCAACAGAAUGAGAUUCUAUUUUUCUGCUUAAUUCCUACUUUUAGCCUUAUGUUACUUCUAGCAGGCUGUGUACAAAAUGACAGGCCCCUGUUCUCUCUUCGCAGGGACUGAUGAUCUAGGAGGGACUGCUUUUUCGCUUUGUUCGCAGAAUGCUCAACAUGAUCUUAGAUCUCUGCUCUUGCCACCAUUGGCAGAUUGUGUUAUUGGUUGCACAAUUUGGUCUUUACAAAAUUUUGAAGAUUCAAUAUAUAACUGGUUUCGUA